AUGGUACAAUUUCCACUGGCAGUUAUAGCCUCACUAGCAGCUUAUCUACCAGCAACAAUCUCCCAGACAGCUACAUCCCAAAGCGAUACCUGGAACUCCACAUUCUCUCUAACUCAAGAGCACAUCACCACCGCGGGACUAGACAAUGUAACAGCAAAUGCCGUCAAUCUCGCAGCGCGAUUCGAACGAACAAACUGGGCGGGAAGCAGCGUCUCGGAAGAUCCCUUCUACAACCCCCCAAGUAACAGCUCCCAUCUCCCACCCGGAGCUCUCCUCUCUGUGGAACACGACACCAACACCUCCUUUUAUACUCUCCCUCCAGCAGUCGCAUUAUCGCGAAUUCUCUACCAAUCCGAAACCAUCAACGGUACUGCAGUUCCGGCUUCCGCAUAUGUGCUCUGGCCAUACCUCCCUCGGGAAGACGCUCACUGUCCCGGGAAAUUCCCCGUCGUGGGAUGGGCGCAUGGGACGAGUGGGUGUUUAGGAGAGUGUGCACCGAGCCAUAUCAGGAAUUUAUGGUAUCAAUUCGCGGGGGCGUAUGAGGUAGCUUUGCAAGGUUAUGUAGUUGUCGCUCCGGACUAUGCAGGCCUCGGAGUCACACAUUUCCCCAACGGAACCUCCAUCAAACAUCUCUGGCUCUCCGGCCCCUCACAAGCCAACGAUCUCUUCCACUCCAUCAAAGCAGCACAAUCCGCUUUCCCCCAAUUAAGCGACAACUUCGUCCUUCUCGGCCACUCCCAAGGCGGCGCAGCAACCUGGUCCRCAGCCCAACGACAAUUCCAGCGUCCAGUCCCAGGUUACCUCGGAGCAAUCUCCAUUUCCCCCCCUACGAACCCUCUCCGACAACUCCGCACCGGGCCACUCCUGGCGCCACUUUUCGCUUUUUUGGCGGCGAAUGGUCUGGGACAAUUAUUCGCAUCUUUUGAUCCUUUGGAAUUCCUCACGGUGAAAGGAGUGCGGAUCUUGAAUUUGUUACGUGAUGUUAAAGGGUGUGGGAAUGUGCAGACUGCUUUACUUAGUCUUGCGGAUACUGUUAGACCGGAUUUCAUGCAAAGUACCUCGUUGAGACGGUUUGCGGAUUUGACUACUAAUGGCGGGAAACCCAUUUCUGGACCUCUAUUGAUCAUUCAAGGCACCGCGGAUCAAUUGGUCAAAGUACAAGCUACGGAUGUGGGGGUUGAGGAGACUUGUAUGAAGUAUCCUGGGAGUGAAUUGGAGUAUUUGGUGGUAAAUGGGACGGAUCAUGUGGCGACUGUAUUUGGGAGUCAGAGGAUUUGGAUGGAGUGGAUUGGGGAGAGGUUUGCUGGGAGAAGGGAGGUUGACAAGGCUUUUUGUGAGAGGAAGGUGGUUCGUCYUGUGAGACCUGUGGGCGUGUAUCAGGCGCAGGUGAAUUAUUAUUUGGAAUUGGCUACUAAGCCCUAUCAGAUUGGGUAA